AUGAAGCAGCAGCAGCAAAAACUCAGGGCAGCUCCAGUCAUUCCGGUUGCUGACAAGAUGCCUAUAACAUCCUCUUUGGUUCAACCUGAACCUGUUGUAGAGAAGGUGGAUAGUGUGGGAGAAGGCCAUGGACUGAAAGAAGGUUCCUCGUGUCAGGAGGUUGUCAAUCUGCCUCCAAACCAUUGCAUGUCUUGCCGAAAACGUGUUGGGCUGACUGGAUUCAAGUGCCGAUGUGGUGGGACAUUUUAUGCUGUUCACCGGUACUCUGAAGUCCAAAUACAUACAAUGUGA